AUGAAAUUAUCAAUAUUUUCUAUCGUUUUACUUUUAUCAUUUAUAAAAUUCGUGUCUAGUAAAUGUUUUGAUUUUGAUAGUUAUUCUAAUUUUGAAGUAACAGAAUGUGGUGAAUUAAAAGAAUUUAUAAAAACCCCCGUCGUCGAUCGUACUAUAAAAAUUGAAAUCAAUACUGAUAAAUCAAAACCUGGGAUGUGUAAUACCGGAGGAAAAGUUAAUAUGUUUGAGAUCGAUUUCACUUGUGACAAAAAUACAAGUAAUAAAACUUGUGAAAAAGCUAGAAAUGCUUUUGAAACUGCAGGAAUGAUUAUUAGUUCUGCUAUAAAAUUAAAGAAAAAAAUUCAUGUAAAUGCUACAUUCACAAAAUUUUGUGGAGUUUUUCUUAAUUGCAGUGGUGGAUCUAGUCCGAUAGGUUAUGGUAUUCCGGCUCGAUUUAUUCAACUUAAAGAUGAAGACAGUGUUAUUCGUUUAUAUCCUCAAGCUUUAGUAAAACAAUUUGAUUCACUUAAUCAUCCUGAAUAUAAUAAAUAUGAUAUUACAGCUUUAUUUAAUUCAGAAAGUACUGCUUACUGGUUUUCUGGUGACCCUAAUCCUCCUACUUAUAACCAAAUAGAUUUUACUCUCGUUAUACUUCAUGAAUUUAUUCAUGGUUUAGGUUUAAUAACUUUGUGGGUGGAUUAUUUUAAUCCUACACCUGAAGGUUUAGUUCCUUUCCCAAGUUUUCUUAAAAAUCCCAAUGGUUUUACUGAUUAUAAUGGUACCAUAACUUUUACUGGAUUUGAAGAAUCGGUUUUUGAUAAAUAUUUAGUAUUCACUGAUAAUGAUAAUAAUAAGGAUCCUGAGAAAUAUUUAACUAGUAUUCGAGAAAAAAUUAAUUCUUUUGCUGGUGGGCCCGAAGCUAAUACCAAAUUCGAUAAUAGUUCUUCAUUCAUUACUUCUUUUGUAAAUAGUUCAAAUUAUAAUUAUGCUAAAGAUUUAUUAACUAAAGCUACUAUCCCAAGAUCUAUUGGAUUUUUACCUCACAAUGCUAAAAAUAAUAACGACAUUAUUAUAGUUGAAACAUCUUUAAAACCUCUUAUAACCGGAAGCAGUUUAAGUCACUUGGAUAAUGAUACUUAUGUUGAUACUCCGGAUUUCUUAAUGAGAUAUAGGGCUCCACGUGGUAUUUCGUUAGAAACUUUAUAUCUUGCUAAUGGUGGAGAUAAAGAUAAUAAAUGUGCCAUAGGACCUAAAACAAUUGAAAUUUUGGAGACUUUAGG